AUGUCCCGACCGAGCGCCACGCAGUCGCAGAACCUCAACAACUUCAUCGGCGACCGCUCCAGCACGCGCCUCGCCAAGCCGCCGGGCGGCGGGUCGACAGUCGGAUCGCUCAUCUUCGGCGGCGCCGACGCGGCCAACAGCACUGCGUCGGGGUCAUUUAUGGACGACCGGAAGGGCCGUCGCGGGUCGUCGAACCGCCCCGAGCAGCUCGGGAGCCAAGUGUUUGGCAACAACGAGGCGCUGGUGCGUCACGGCAGCAACAACAGCGGCGGCGGCGGUGACAAGGAGGCGCAAAAGUACCAGCUCCAGCAGCAGCAGUACAUGCAGCAGCAGAUGGAGCGCCGCGGCAGCAACCAGAACCAGAGCGCGAGCGACAUCUUCCUCCAGAACGCGCCAGGCAACAUUGCGGGCGAGCGCCGAACACGCCGCAUGUACAACGGUGGCCAGUCCUCGGGCUUCCAGCUCUCAUAG